ACAACAGGUUAUUGAAUUCUAUAAUGUAUUUAGAUUAGUUUCAAAUCAAUAGUUAAGAACUAAAACUAAAAAAAGAAGACAAUAUUACACACUUCAUGAUUGUUUUGAUAUUUCCAUUUAGACAGUUUAUUUAAAUUCUGAAAUUGUGUCUUUCACAUUUUGUGUCACAAUUAUAUUAAAAUUAGUAUUUGGAAUUGAAAUAAUGUCUGAAGACAUUAGACGAUGCUUUAUUGAUAACACCCCUUCAAAAAAUGAAAUUAUUCAAGAACAAACAGUUCCCGACGUGCAAAAAAAAGAUGAUUCAAACGUUGAUUUUUUUAAAAUAAAGCCUCAUAAAAUGAUUCCACCUGAAAAAAAAUUGAACUCAGAAUUGAAUCUAAAAGAUUUUCAGUCAAGUCUUUUGCAACAUGUGGAAGAGAAAAAUGCCCACAGAAACUUUGAGAGAUAUGUUAAUAUGUACAGGCGAGAAUAUGAAGAGGAAGAGCAAGCAAAAAAGACAGAAUACGCUUUCAAAGAAAAACAAUUCUACCAAGAGAAUGAAUUGGCCAAGGAAAUGGAUGUAAUAAAAAGAAAAGAAUUCAGGGAAGCAAAAAUGAGGCAACUUUUAAGACAGAACUCAAGCGAAUUACGUGAACUUGAAAGAAAAUUGAAGGCUGCCUACAUUAAUAAAGAACUAGCUGCCCAAAUCGCACAAAAUCAAGCUGAGAAAGUUAAUGAAAAGAUUCGAGAAUCGCAAGCACAUGAAGUCCUUAAACAAGCUUGGAUAGAUCAAGAAGAAUAUCAAAAACAGUGCAAGCAAGAAGAAAUGAUAAAAAAGGCACAAUACAAACAAGAACUUCAAGAACAAUUGAUUUUACGAGAGAAAAUAAAACGUCAUCUUUACGAAGAAUAUUUAAGGGAGAAAAAAUUAAUAGACGAUAUUGUUCAACGAAUACAGGAUGAAGACGAACGAGAAGCUUACGAACGUUUUUGCAAAAUGAAGAAGACAAGAGCGGAAAUGGUUGCAUUCAAAAAUGCACAAGAAACCUGGAAGAAGAAAAGAAUGGAAGAAAUAGAAGAGGAAAAUAGGAAAAUAGAAGAAUAUCUCAUGACUAAAACUGCUGGAGUACAAGCUAGGCAACUAGAACUGGCUAGAAAGGAAGCUGAAAGAGAAAAAAUUAUUGAUGAUAUAGCCAGAAAAAUGUGUGAACAAAAGGAAAAGCAACGGGAAAGAGAAGAAAUAAUUCAAGACUUGCAAGAAGAGGAACAAAGAGCAAUUAUAGAUAAGCGUCAUAGAGAAGAUGUAGAAAAACAACUCAGAAUAAAAUUAGAAACUCGAGAAUGCUUAACUCAACAAAUGCAAGACAGGCAAGAACGAGCCAGGCAAGAGGCAGAAGAGGAUAGAAAAUACAAAGAAGAGCUGUUGACCAAAUUAGCGGAAGAUGCAAAACUGGAACAGCUAUCCGAUCAAAAGAGGAGACUAAAAAUGCUGCAAUUUAAAAGGGAUAUUGAACAGAUGAUGAAAGAAAGAAGACAGAAAUAUGCUGAGGAAUUCCAGUUAUUGAUAGAAAUAGAAAAAGAUGAACAACGAAAAGAGGAAGCCAGACGUCGCAUCAUAGAAGAAGAACGAAUAAAGAUGCUGCAGCAACAUGUCAAAAAUCUCAUUGGAUAUUUACCUAAAGGGUUGUUAAAAGCUGAAGAUUUGCCACAUUUGGGAGCAGAUUUUGUAUCAAGUGCAUUAAAAGAUGAUCCUUCUACUAGUAAUGCAUUUAAUGUUUGUGAUAAAAGUUAGAGAUUGUGUAUUUUACUAUUCAUUGAGCCAAAUAUGUAUUAUAUUAAAUGUAUCUUUUAAUGAAUUACUUUCUUGCUUACUAAGCUAAAAAUGGUGAUAUUUUACAUUAUUUUCUGAAUAGUUUUAUAAUAAAUUAUUCUCUCAGGUUACAUUUUUUACAUGCCUUACUUUUAAUCCAUAAUGACAUGAGAUACAGGGUUUAUUUUCAUAGAAAACACGGGAUAUUUUCAUAUAAAUAUCAAGAAACUGUUCUGUAGGUUGGCUAUAUAGUCAAAUGUUCCUUUUGACCUUUUGAAACUGCUUUGCUCUCGCAAAUUGUACGAUGUGAUGGAAAUCACUUGAAGAAGUGUUGAAAUUAUCUGAUAUUGUGUGGUCUUCUACUUUGACUAGUUUGUAAAUUUUCUCAUCUUUCACUACCCAACCUAUAGUACAAAAUGUCGAUUUCCAAGCUGUUUAGGAAUCUUCUAUUUAAGUCCUUUAGCCUAUCUCACAAAAAAACGUUCUAAAAGAAAUCAGUUAAUAAAGUGUAGUCUACCCAGUUGGUUGACUAAAUAUUACAUCCCUGUUGUGAACCACAUAAAUAUAUUAACUUGCACUCACCAGUAUUGAGCCAACAUGUCUAAUAUUAAUAUUGGAUUUUGUAAUUUAUUCGCUCAGUAUUUAUUAGUUUUAUUAUUUACAAACAAUUGAAAAAAUUUCUUUUUCAAUUACCAGUAAAAGGCCGACCUUUGGAAUUUUAGUUAUUACGAUUAUUUCUACUGAGUUGUUAGAAAUUUUGUUUCGAAUCAUAUAAAUAUUGUUCUGACGCAUUAGUCAUUACAUGGAAGACUUUCCACCGUUUCUACUUGACUAUCGGAAAAAAAAUUUGACGUUUAAUUCAGAAAUUUAAAUAAUCUCUGAUACGGGCUUCUGCAACGUCACAUAGCUCCUUCCAGUUGCUAUUUCCAUCGAUCUUCGUUGUUGCAUUGUGAUAGGAUUGAUUAGAAUAUGCAAAAUAACAUAUUGGCAGGUAUAAGUUUGAAAUGAGAAAUUCUUGUAGAGCAGUAAACUAAUGAACUUUAUUCAAUUUAUAUACUCAUACAUAUGAAAUACUAAUUUUAUUGUCCGCAAGCAUUCUCGUCAUCACGUGGUAGUAUCUUAUCAUUUAAACGGAUGAACUUGAGUAAAGGACAGAAAGUACCACAACCAGGAAUUUGGAGCAGUUUUGGUCCUUCUCCCGUCCAAUUAUCGAAAAAUAUCUUAAAUCCCGGAAUACCUUUCACCAAAUGAAACUCGAAGAUAAUAUGGGAACCGUAGUCUGGAAUUUGAUUUUUAUAAACACCCAAAGAAAUGAGUAUUGAUGCAAUGUUGUUUUCAUGAGCGGAGUAAAGAUAAAUUUUUUUACUUAGUCUUCCAUCAUUGGCAAAAAGUCUUUUUCGAGAAUCGUGUAUUAUUUUUUUUAGUAAGGCUCCUGCGAACAUUUUACGUAAUUGGUAAUUACCCACAAAUACGUAAUAUUGGCGGAUGACCAUUUCUUCCAAAAUUUCUGGAUACACUGGUUUCGUCCAUUCGGGUAAUUGAAGUCCAAACUCUUUUUGGGUUCUUAGUCCAUAAUACAAUAAAAAUACAUCGAAAAAUGUGGAAAUAUUUCCUCCAGUUUUUUGUUUGAGGUACUCAAAAACUUUUUCAUAUUUUUUUAAUGAUUCUUUCAUCGGUUCAGUUUGCAUUAGGUUAUUAGUUUCUAUCAACCAGUUUGGACAGGCCAAAGGUAGAAGUAACUGGAAUAAAGAGUACACUUAUUACUCUAAAUAUCAUCUGCUUAUUUUAAUUUUAUAAAUUUUCAGUCCAAUCAUACUCGUGUGAAUGAAUCAAUUCUAAAUGGAGGAAAAAUAUACACAUAUAAGGUGAAUCAUGUAUUUCUACAUCCACCUGUAAAAAUAAGUGAUGCGAUCCAAAUUUUCAGUUAAUUGUAAGCAAUUGAGUACCAUUAAGAGAUUCAUACUAUACUAUUUUUCAAAUAUAUUCAUUUUCAAAAACUUACACUAUCUUGAUUAGAAGGUAAAUAGUUAUAUGGAACCGGUUGCCAAUAUCCAAUUUGCUUGGCAAAUUCAUCAUUCUCAUCGGGAGGAAAUAAACCUGCUAAUACUAAUUGUAAAGACAUCUUUGUUCUAUUGGUAUCUGUACUACGGGCGUCUAUCAUUUCUGGGUAAUAAAAGUCUCCAAGAAAA